UUUAAUUUGUAAGUGCGUUUUAUCCCAAUACACAUACAGCCACCUAUGUAGUAGGCGAGGCGGCUUCGUCAUAGCGUGCUUCUGAACAAUUCUAUUUUAAUGUAGGAUUUAUUAAAAACAUUUAACGGCAGCACCGAGCAUUAUUUAGAGCACUUUUUGAAAUUACAUCUUCGGCUCUUCAACUUUCCUCAGGGCAUCGGGUGGCUGUAAUUUGACUCCGCGCGGCCACAUCCUCGAGGAACGUCCUGCGUGCUCCACGCGCCGCGCUCUGCAGAUCUGCUGACGUGUCGGCUCGGCUGGCUGUGGCUCGCGCAGCGCGCACUGCUCAUGCUCGGCCAACCAGCGGCUGUAGCCGUCGCACCGCGAGCCAGGAUGGCGGUUCACGUCGCGCUUUUAUACCUCUGUAUUUUGCUGCUUUGCAUAAACGCGUCGGCGGACAGGAGGUUUUCGGACUUUAAACGGUGCGCCGACGAAGAGUGCAGCAUGUUGUUGUGUAGGGGCAAAGCCUCACAAGAUUUUACUGGACCGGAUUGUCGGUUCCUGACUCUUAAAAAGGGAGAGACAAUAUAUGUCUACUAUAAACUCUCAGGAAGAAGGCCAGAUCUUUGGGCAGGAAGUAUUGGAAACACAUUUGGCUAUUUUCCAAAGGACCUGCUUGAAAUCAAUCACAUAUACACAGACAAAGAGGUAGAAGUUCCUGCAGAGGAAACGGAUUUUGUAUGUUUCGAUACGGGUCUUGAUAAAUUUGAAAGUUAUGACCUAGAUGCCUUAUUGGCAGCAGCUGCAUUGUUAACCAAAAAUGAUGGCAGUGAUGUUGAGAUCAACGCUGAUGUGGAAGAGCUGGCCAGUGAAUUGUCACGAAAUGAAAAUGAUCACAGAAUGAAGGAGGAUCUGCAGUCUGUAAAUAAUGACCCUGUAAAGACUUCUGUAAGUAAGACUGACUUAGAGGAAAAAGAAGGGAAGGAUCUUGGUGAUUGGGGAACUGAAGAUUCCACUCAGAUCUUGUCACAAGAGCAGAAUGAACCUUUAGAUACUGAAGAAAUGGAAUAUGAAACUCAAGCAGAGUUGCUAAUUGAAAGUAAAAAAGAUGACAUGAAUGGAGACCAGUUAACAGGAUCUACAGUUUCAGAUGUUGCUGAGCCUGAGAAAGACCGAGCUCAUACUGCUUCUUCAGACAAGCACAAAACAAUUUUAACCAUAGACAGUGUUGAUGUGCAAAAAGAGAAAACAUUUUCAGAGGGAAACGUUGUCCCUGAACUGAAAACUAAGUUUGGGUCAACAUUUGAUGCUGUUACUUCAGAUGACAUAGACACUUGGCAUGUGACCCCUUCAAAUGAGGUGGAGAAAAAGGAGAUGGAAAACCAGUCUGUAAAUAAUGACCCUGUAAAUGAUGAAACGACUACUUUGAAAGAAACUCCACUGCUUUCUUUUUCUGAGGACAACAAUUUUCUGUCAGAGCCAAAGGACAUUUCAAAAGCUUCUCAUUCAGUGGAAGAAAGUGACUUCCGUACAGUGCUGACUGAAAACCAGGAAGACAAGGGUGUCGAAGUGGAUGAAGCCGUGGGAACGUCAUUGAGUGAUACUGUUUUUGCUGUUGAUGAUGAGGAAGAGGCAACUGCAGCAACCACAUUAGAAGAGGAAGAUGGGGAGAAAGAUUUUCAGUUGGAAAUGUCUGAAAAUGAUGAAAGAGCAAAGGAAGAAAACGUACAACUCCUAGCAUCUGACUUUAACCAAGAACACAAAGAAACAACACAUACAGACAAACAUCCUCCUGAUGACUCUAUUUCUGAUGAACAUUCAGAACCUAACAUUAAUGACCCUGAAAAUGAUGUGUCUAGUAUCAGUUCACAAAAACCUUUACUGGAAGAAAUACCUGAUAAAGCUGAGUUAAAAGUUGUAGAAACAUUUGACAAAACUUCUAAUCAGCUUGAAUUGUCAGUACCUGGUACAGAUACAGAAAACUCUGAACAUUUAGAUGAACAUGAAGGGGACUCUUCACAAAAAACAAUGUCUGAACAGUUAUCUGAAAAGUUCAGUGCAGGAAAUGGCAUCGUGGAUCUUGAAAUCAGCAAGGUUACAGUUGAGGCAUCAGAUAAUCAUCUGACUGAACAAGACUUGGACACAGCAGAGAAAGCAAGUGUCACUCCCACACUGACCCACAGUAAACCCUCUGAACUUCAAGAUGAACAAUUGUCAGGUAAUGCAUCUGACCCCAAUUUAGAUAUAGCCCCUGAUGUGGAAAUGAGUGAGAAAGUAGAUCGGGUAAAGAAUGAGAUCACAGACAUUUUCAAACAAACACUGGACAAAGAAACAGAUAAUUACAAAACAGAAAAUGAAACAAAAUUUCGUGAAGUAUUUGAUUCCAAAGAAGACACAACAGACCAAGAGGAGUUGUUACUUGAAGAUGAAAAUGCUAUGCUGUCCAAAGUAUCCAAAGUAGAGCAUUUAGAACCACACAAGGAUAUAAACAUUGGACACAAAAAUGCAAAUCUACAGGACAAAGAAAUUCAGACCAAUCCAGAGGUUCAACAGCCUGAAGAAUUUUUGGAAACUAUUGAAAUGGAAGAACAAUCUCUUGGCUCUCCUAGUCAAGGUGGAGCAUCUGUUUCUCCAUCUGAGAAUGUAGAAAUCGGAAAGGAGAUUGUGUCUGUAAAUUCUAAUGAAGUUGUUUCAUCCUCAUCUGAUGCAAAAAGCACAGAGAAGCACACUGAAGAACUAGAUGUGCAGAAUGAGCUGCAAUAUGAUGACUGUGAAAAGCAGCUUCUGCUGUUAAGAAGCCACGUUGAGGUUCAUGAUUUAAAGCGCUUUUACAAGUAUCUGGGCCCUCAGAACCUUCUUACGGUGGAGGCUAUGUUCUCUGAUCUAGACCAGGAGAUGAGAGUAACAAAGCUUUCACAUGCUGGCACAAAUGAAGAAAUUCAGCAGUCACUGGAAAGCAUAUUGGAAGCCUCAGAGACCUCCAUUCUAGAUGAAAUUGAGAAAAUGCUGGAUACUCGUGAGUUGAAGGACACAAACUUACAAGAGAUAGAUGGAACUUUCCUUGAUGAAGAGGCUGCAAUUUUGGAUGACUUCCAGGAGUUAGCAUUCCAGCUGCGUCAGAAGUAUUCGACAGCCAGUGAAAGUACUCCUCUGGCCUCAGAGGAUCCACUCCAUACAGAUUCAGAUGAAACAGAAAUUUCUGCAGUUGCAAAGGACACAGAGAAUCUUACGGUGACUACUACUGGGGAUGCAGAACCAGCAAAAAAUGUAGAAGAACUUCAGAAUGAUUCCCUGGGUAGUAACCCUGGCACUCCACACCAUGGGACAGAAAGAAACUUUGAGGAGGAUGGAGGUCACUUCAACAAAAACAAAGAUAUUCAGGGAACUUUCAAGGAAUCCGAAGACAUCCAAAGAAGCCCACAAGCAAUUCUGGAAAACCCUUUGGAUAUGGGAUUUGGUUUUGAGGUUGAAAACCCAUCUACAGGGUCUAUGGAUUCAGCUGGCAUUUCAGAUUACCAGGAAGAAGAACCACAAAUUGAUUCCUCCACAUCUGACAUUCUACCCUCUGAUAGCUCAUGGAUUUUAGCACAGGAGUAUUUGGGAGUGUAUGCUGAAAUGGUAAUUGCUGCGCUGCCUGAAGAAUGGAAACCAGGCCCGACCUUCUACGGCUUUCCCUGGGAGCCUGUGGUAGUGACAGCUGUAGUGGGAAUCUUCACCAUUCUGGUUUUUACCUGGAGAACCGUUUUGGCCGUUAAAAGCAGAAAGUAUCAGCUGACAGAGAAGCAACUUUCAGAUCACAUAAAGAAGCUUUCCGAUGAAAAGGGUGAUGCCCUCACAAGAAUAUCACAACUGAAAAAAAAGAUCUCUGAAAAUGAAGAGAAGUUAAAAGAAUCUGAAAAAUGUGCAUCUUUGUCACAGCGUGAAAAUAGGAAGCUUGAGAAAUCUUUAAAGGAGCUCCAGAAGCGAAAUGAACAUAUGGCUGAGAAAAUAAGCACCUUGAAUUGUGCCAUGAAAGAGGAGAAGAGGAGGAGCCUGGAACAAGCUGAUCUGAUAACAAAAAAUGAAAAGGCAAUUGAAAUGUUUAACAGCAUCGUAAAUUCCAACAAGGAUGAACUUGCUAAGGUUCAAAUCCUCCUGGAUGAAGCCAGAAUCAGAGAAGAAGCUCUUAAAGUUCAGUUGAUGUCCUUUGAAAAGGAAAACAACUCUUUAAAAGAGCAGAAAAAAUCUCUAUUAUGUGAUGCUAAGAACUGGGAGGAGAAGUACCAAAAUCUUAGUGAAAAGAUUAAGAUCUUCCAGAGGGCCCAGAAAGAGUUAGAAGACACUCUUGCACAUAAAGAAAAUGAGAUUGAGAUUCUGUCUGAUUGUAUUGCUGAGCUGCGGCAGCUAGAGGUUUGUGAACAUGCAAACCAACAGGAAGGAGAUGAUCAGAUCCUGGCAAAUGGAGAAGCUAUGAACAAGAAGAGUGAUGCAAUGAAAAUUAGGAUCAAACAGAUGAUGGAUGUCUCACGGGUGAAGGCUACUCUGUCAAUUGUUGAAGAGGAACGGAAUACAUAUUUGGCUAAACUGUUGACUGAGGAGAAACAGAGGCAUGAGCUGGAAGAACAAAUCAAGAAGAUGGAGCAUGACCGAGCUUCCUUGAACAGUGAGAAAUGUCAACUGGAAAACCAGUUCAAGACCAUUCAACAAAAACUAGAAAUUAUGAAUGAGAUGUACCAGCAGAAAGAGAAUGCCCUACAGCAGAAACUAUCUCAGGAGAAAUUUGAGCGCCUUGAGAAGGAAAACAAGCUUUCUGAAGUAGAUGGGAAGGCUUUGCAGGCAGAGGAGGAACUCAAGGCUUAUAAGAGGAGGAUCCAGGAGAUUGAGGAUGAGCUGCAGAAAACUGAACGUUCAUAUAAGGCUCAGAUUGCUGCUCAUGAGAAAAAGGCACACGAGAACUGGCUGAAUGCACGUGCAGCAGAACGAGCUCUGGUAGAAGAAAAAAGGGAAACAGCCAAUCUUCGUCAGAAGCUUGUCGAAGUCAGUGAUAAACUGGCUGAAUUCCAGAGACCACUUUUCAAGCCCACACCUUCCCGCUCUGAUCGACAAAUGCAGCCUCUCCGUAGAGAUGAUUCCUAUGGGCCCUCUCCUGUGAGCGGAGGUGCUCCAUCACCUCCUUUAAUGAUCGAGGGGCCUGGAAGAUCCCCCUCAGCACCUGUUGGCCGGCGAAAUGAACCCUUUGGUCCACGGCCCCCUUCUGACCCACAUGGAAGAUAUUCAGACCUUGGACACCCCUUGCCUGCUAGAUCUGAUGCGUAUGCCCCUCGGACAUCUUCUCCCAACACUCCGGAUGGAUCUCAGAGUGCCCCUGUAGAGUCAAAGGCUCAACCCUCUGCCGAGAGCUCCAGCCAAACAGCAGAGGCAGUCAGCUCUAAAUCUCAAGGUCAUCCAUCAUUCCUUGAGUCUCCAAUCAGGGAUGCUGCAGUCUCUGGUCCCUCCCCUCAACCUAAGGGGCAUGGUCCUCCUGCCCCAAAUGGACCGCCUCCUGCAGUGCUGCGCCCUCCCAAUGGAGUUCCACCUUUGGUUCCACCUUUGAUUCCACCUGUACCACCUCAUCCUGCUAUGGGCCCAGGCCCAGGACGCUUUGGCCCCACUGGACCUCCCCGCCUCUAUGGGCCUAUGCCUCCACCAUAUGUGCGAGGGCCACCUCCACCACCGAGAGGAUAUCCUGUAGGACCACUUCCUCCUUUUGGACCCCGAGAACUUCUCCCUGGGAUUAGGAACCCCAUGGCUGGUCCUCGAGAAUAUCCAUUUGCAUCCCGACCCCUGCCCCCUGGAGCCAAUCCACCACCUGCUGGGAGGGACUACAUUGGCCCUCCUCCCCACAAUGUUCCCACAGGCCCUAGAGACUUCCCAGAGGGACCCCACUCUGGCCCUCCCAUCAGAGACUCCUCCCCACAGCAGGGGCCACCUAAAGACACAUCAACCACUUCGCACAUCGAACCAUGAGGCCACCAACAUCAUCAAAGCAUGAAUCCUGUAUUGUACCAGGGAUCCUUGUUUUGAUUCUUGCAGGAAGAAAAUAAUAAAGGAUUUUUUAAAAUGACCUCAAUGGGAAAUCCUUACACCACCAAUGUCUUGUGUUAAGUCUCAGGAGUAACAACUGUCUUUGGGGUAGGAAAUGGUGAAGCUUGCAACUUUACUGGAGUCACUUGUGCAAUAUCACUUCCAUCUAUGUGUUGAGGAUAUGUUUAGAGGUUUUUAAAGAAAUAGGGAUAGUGUUUAUGCUCUAAGAUUUCCUGUGGAAAUCCCUAAGAAAACUCAAACAGAAGAAGCAUUGUUCAUUCAGUCACUCAAUUAUAAAGUAUUUGCUUUAUAAUUGUGAAGAUCAGUUGUAUAAAACAAUGUCAAAUGUUGUCUAGUGUUCUUAGAAAUUUUAAUAAAUUUUCCAAAGGUAAAAUAUUUUACUGAGACCCUGUAGUACUUAAGGUUUGUUUCCUAAUGGCUUUUAUGGGGGGGGGCUUUAGAAUUUAGUGGGAAUUUUAAAAAAAAAAAAAAAAAAAAGAGUACUCAUAUAUUGGUACUAACAUUAUUGAUACAAUGUGGCAAAUGUGUAGGAAUCAUGGUAAUGGUAUAUCAGUUUUGGUGAAUUUCCAUUGCUUCUAUGGUGAAUUGUAAAUACUGUAAAUGUCAGUCAAACACAGUCGUGAUAUACCCAGUCCAGACAGGCAUGCUAAUCCUAAUUAUUUCACUUUAUCAUAAUUUACAUUGUAAAGAAGUUUGUUUACGACUAAUGUCUGUAUUAUACCACUUUUUGGUCAUUUCUUUUAGACCCUAAAGUAUGACUUGCGUUAAUAAAAAUUUCCAGCAGUAUCACUAGAACAGAAUUAAACUACAAAUUUCUCAGAAUGCUUUUGGAGUUUUAUGCUGCUGUAACAUACAGAAUGCUGUUAACAGUUCCAGGGUCUCAUCCAGUGGUUUACAACAAAAGCCUUCCUAAUACAACUGCAUUUUUUUUUGCCUGCAAGGCAAUAUGGGAGACUUGUCACAUUGACAGUCUCAACAUUAAUGUAUGCCACACACCCUGUGGUAACAGUGCAAGUACACCAGUAAAGAAUGAACCUAGUAGUAAUUAAUCUCUGUGUGUCUUUGUUUACCACAACCAUGUCCCCCGACUCCAUGUUCCCUUGUCACUUCCCCAAGUGUACACACAAAUUCCCCCUUAUACCACCUUAAAUAAAGCCUUAAUGUCAAUAUCAAAUGAAGAUUAUCUGGCAGUGUAUUGGUUAGUGCUGUUACCUUUAGAUCUAAAGGUUGCUGGUUUAAAUCCCACCUACUGCUAUGGUAUCCUGUAUUUGCACACUAUGCAAUUAAAUAAGCUCAGGAAAAAUGUGCUAAUGUGCAGUACACUGAACAAAACUAUUAACCCAAGGUGAAAAGAGGAAACCCCAAAACAUCUACAGUUCUACAAAAUUUAGCGUAAAUGUGAUUGUGAAUCAUAUAUCACACAAACAUUCUGUGGUCAGUAUCACACAGGUAGCCAGCGCAUGUAUUUUACAAUAUCUUGAGUCUGUUUGGAAAAAUGGGUAGAUUCUGUUAGGGGGGUGCGGUGGCGCAGUGGGUUGGAUUGGGUCCUGCUCUCCAGGGG